ACUGACCAUGCUCACUUGACCCAGAAUGGAGGACCAGACCAACAGCAGUUUGUCUCUGACAGACUACUUCCUGGACUACGAGGUUCCAGCUGACCAGAUCCCAGACACCACCCAGAGCACGGCCUUCUUCGCGGCCACCUUGGUGAUCGCAGUGGUCCUGGUGGUCAUCAUGCUGGUCUGCGGCGUGGGGAACUGCCUCUUCAUUGCCAGCCUCGCUCGCUACAAGCAGCUGAGAAACCUGACCAACCUGCUGAUCGCCAACCUGGCCGUGUCAGACGUGCUGGUGGCGGCCGUGUGCUGCCCGUUUCUGCUGGAUUACUACGUGGUCAAGCAGCUGUCCUGGGACCACGGCCUCCUGCUCUGUGCCUCCACCAACUAUCUGCGCACCGUCUCCCUCUACGUGUCCACCAAUGCACUGCUGGCCAUCGCCGUAGACAGAUACAUGGCCAUCCUCCACCCACUGAGACCUCGGAUGAAGUACCAGACCGCCUGCUGCGUCAUCUUGACUGUGUGGAUUGUCCCCGCCUUUAUCUCUAUUCCCUCUGCCUACAUGGCCUCUGAGACACAGUACCCACACGUCCAGGGUCACACCCAUAAAACCUUCUGUGCUCAGAUCUGGCCCGUGGACCAGCAAGUCUACUAUCGCUCGUACCUACUCCUCAUCAUCGCCCUGGAGUUUGUGGGCCCGGUGACGGCCAUGGCCGUCUGCUACAUCCAGAUCUCCAGGGAGCUGUGGUUCAAAGAUGUUCCAGGCUUCAAGACGGAGCAGAUCCAGAAGAGGCUCCAGAGGCGCCGCAGGACCGUAGUGCUACUGAUUCUGGUUCUUGUUGCUUACGUCUUGUGUUGGACUCCGUAUUAUGGCUUUGCUGUCCUGCGGGACUUUUUCCCUACACUCAUCUCCAGGGACAGGAACUCCCUCGUCGCCUUCUACAUCAUUGAAUGCAUCGCCAUGAGCAACGGAGUCAUCAACACGCUCUGCUUCGUCAGUGUGAGGAACAACGCCAAGCGCCUGAAAAGAAAAGGCAACUUCCCACGGAGGUUGGUGACGUUCGUGGCCACCAAGUACACAGAAGAAGGCGAGGCACGGACGUCGUCCCUCCGAGUGACGGAGGAGGUGGAUGGAGUUCGGCUGAGGUAGAGCGACUGAAGA